AUGGCGACAAGCGGAGCAUACAUUGACAAAGGUCCUUCUAUAGACUGGAGCACGGAUGACAACAUAUAUGGUCGCUUUAAAAUGUGGAAGCAAAGAUGCGAACUGCUACUCACGGGCCCGAUGGCAACAAUGUCAGAAGAAGUGAAAUGUAAACAUUUGUUAUACUGGUCUGGCGAACGUGGCAUGGAGCUAUUCAACAGUUGGGACUUGUCAGCAGAAGAUCAGAAAAAGCUAGUCAAUUAUUGGGAGAAAUUUGAAAACUACGCAAAGCCGCAUUUAAAUGAACUGCUUGCAGUUUGGGAACUGCAUAAUCUUCGGCAAGGUAUGUUAUCUCUUGAAGAUUUUAUCAUUAAACUAAGGAUUCUCAUUAAAGAAGCAAACUACCCAGCCGAACACUAUGAUCGAUUCCUUAGAGACUUCUUAGUCCUCGGAAUUAAUUCUGACCGUGUUCGAAAAGAUUGUUUUAAGGAAGGGAACACCCUGACAUUUAGCAAAGCCAGGGGAUGGCAAAAACCGAUGAGUCGGCAGAAAGACAACUGCAAUUAA